CUAGUGAGCAAGCCACUGGCUCAAAUAUAUGCUUAUUUAUUUCACCCGGUUCGAUUCUCAAUGAAAUGUUUAGUUUGUUGUUCGUAUGCUAGCAGUAGGAAUUUUGGCGCGUUAUCAUGCUCGGCGUGCAAAAUGUUCUUCACUCGAGCAACGAAAAAUUACGCAAAGUUUACCUGCAAAUAUGACAAAAAAUGUUUCGAAAGCUUCACAAUUCUUCCAAAGUGUCAAUUUUGUCGAUUCAAAAAGUGCCUAGAAAUUGGAAUGAGAUUUUCGGAACCGAAACAGCAAUUGUUUAACCUGAAUAAUUCGGUGGAUCAAGAUUUGAUAAUUCUACUCGGAAACCUUGCUGUGAAAGAUGGUGUUCAUUAUUCCAACUUUUUAAACUUCUAUUCUUUGGAGGACCCAAGUAUGGACGAUAUUUUGGCAGAUCGCAGCAGGAUGAAGUUGAUGAAAAGGACGCUUGAAAUCAAAACGAAAUCUCACGAGUGGACAUUUCUGGGCUCCUACUACAAAAUAGCUCAGUUUCUGGACUUUGACUUUGUCAAAACUAUGAGCCUUGCCGAUAGGAAAAUCUUAUUCUCCUACAAUACUCUUCGAAUGGGAUCUCUAUCUCGAUCCAUGCGUACAUACCUUGAUAAACGAGAUUGCCUGAUGACUCCAAGUGGCGAUGACUUAUUUUCACCUGCCGUACGCGGGUUGUUCGACAAAACGCCAGAAAUAAUCAAUAGGAUCUUGUGCCAGGUGGUUGGAAGACUGAUGGAAAUUAAAAUUACAUAUGAAGAAUACUUGCUUUUGAUCAUGAUUGUGUUCUGCAAUCCAUCAAUAUCUCACGAACUGUCCGAUUCAGCACGAGAAACUCUAUCCAAAUAUCAAAAUAUGUAUGCAUCAUUUUUGUUCCGCUUCUGCCAACUCAAGAACCAACACAAGGCGCCAACUCGGUUCAAUGAUAUUCUUUCAAUAUGCAAUGUUAACAACAAAAAUGUGGAAGAUUACUGCUUUGUGCAUAUGAUGUUUCAAUGUAUGGUUCCUGAGUUCAAGUUCAAAAAACUGGUUAAUGAUAUCAUAAUUCGAAGUUAGAAUUGAAAUAAAUAGAAAAUAAUUUGC